AUGGGCCUGCCCAUGGGCUCCACCGGCCCUGCUACUGUCGGAGCACGCGGUGGUCGUCGGCCGAAUGUGCUCAUAACGGGUACACCUGGCACGGGAAAGACGUCGACGAGUCAGCUGGUGGCGGAGGCGACGGGUCUGCGACAUGUGAACGUGGGCGACCUUGUGCGACAGAAGGAGCUGCACGACGGGUGGGACGACGAGUACGACUGCUUCGUGCUGGACGAAGAUAAGGUGGUGGACGAGCUGGAGGAGAGCAUGAGCGCGGGGGGCGUGGUGGUGGAGCACCACUCGUGCGACUUCUUCCCCGAGCGCUGGUUCCACCUUGUCGUCGUGCUGCAGACCGACAACUCCGUUCUCUACGACCGCCUAAGCGCCAGCAAACUCGUCAGGGGGUACACAGGAAAGAAGCUGGCGAGCAACAUGGAGUGCGAGAUCAUGCAAGUGCUGCUGGAGGAGGCUAGGGACAGCUACAAAGAGUCCAUAGUGCACCCCAUGCAGAGUGAUUCGCUAGAAGAUAUGGAGAGGAAUGUUGCAACAAUAAAACAGAUGGUUGCACAGUUGGAAGAGGGCGGCUUCUCUACCAUCCCACUACUAGUUCACUCCCUACCAGUCCGCACACGCGCAAUGCCCGUCGCUCCCCGGCAGUCCUGCGCGCUGCUCCCCCCUCUCCUCGCCGUCGGCGCGCUCACCUCUCUCGCGCUCGCCCUCGCCGCCCUCCACUUCUCCCUCCGCCGCCUCCUCCCCCCUCUGCGCGCGCUCAAGCGCGCCGCCGCGCUCUGCCUGCUCUACACACUCGCGCUCACGCUCCUCUCGCUCCCCGCACCCUUUGCGCCCGCCUUCAGCCCCUGCGCUUCCCCGCGCGCGGAUAACAAUGCCGCUUGA